UUUCCUAAUCAUUUGUUAUUACUUUUCUGUCUUAAUUUCUUAAUAAGUACUAUACAUUAAUAGAAUUGCAAGUUUUGAAAGAUAACAUACUUUAACAAAAUGAGUACGUUUUUGAGGGGCAUCAGGGAAUCCAAUCAUUAUUAGUAACUUUUACUGUUGAGAAAAUACAUGUUAUUUGCAGUGCACUCAUUUGUAGGUUAGAGAAUUACACACACGCAGGCCACAGCAGAUGCUAACAGUUAAUUGCGAUCUGCCCUUUGGCACUUCCAGAUUGUCAGGAGGACACUUCUGAUUGAAACCCUGUUCAUUGGCCUUGUGAAAACGAACAUGCAUUUUCUCUGUCUUUUCCCCGAAAAGAUUUCAGGUUACACUCUCACAAUUCAAGCUUCUGAUAAUGGCAACCCACCCCGAGUCAACACAACCACUGUGAACAUUGAUGUGUCUGAUGUCAAUGACAACGCUCCAGCCUUCUCCCAGGGGAACUACAGCGUGAUUAUCCAGGAAAAUAAGCCAGUGGGUUUUAGUGUGUUGCAGCUAGUCGUGACAGACAAGGAUUCUUCUCACAAUGGCCCCCCCUUCUUCUUCACUAUCGUGAGUGGGAAUGAUGACAAAGCAUUUGACAUUGACCAGCAAGGCGUCCUGCUGACUUCAGCUGCCAUAAAGAGGAAAGUGAAAGAUCAUUACUUGCUGCAUGUUAAGGUGACAGAUAAUGGAAAGCCUCAGUUGUCCUCUUUGACACACAUUGACAUUAGGGUUAUUGAGGAAAGCAUCUAUCCUCCUGCGAUUCUGCCCCUAGAGAUUUUCAUUACUGCUUUUGGAGAGGAGUACUCAGGUGGUGUCAUUGGGAAGAUUCAUGCAACCGACCAAGACGUGUACGACACUUUAACCUACAGUCUCGAUCCCCAAAUGGACAACCUGUUCUCUGUCUCCAGCACAGGGGGUAAGCUGAUAGCACACAAAAAGCUGGAUAUAGGGCAGUACCUUCUCAACGUCAGUGUAACAGACGGGAAAUUUACAGCAGUGGCUGACGUCACAGUACAUAUCAGACAAAUAACCCAAGAGAUGUUGAACCACACCAUUGCUAUCCGCUUUGCCAAUCUCACCCCGGAAGAAUUUGUCGGUGACUACUGGCGCAACUUCCAGCGAGCUUUGCGGAACAUCUUGGGUGUGCGGAGGAACGACAUACAGAUUGUUAGUUUGCAGCCCUCUGAACCUCAUCCGCAUCUGGAUGUCUUACUCUUUGUAGAGAAAUCAGGUAGUGCCCAGGCUUCAACAAAACAGCUUCUACACAAGAUUAAUUCUUCUGUGGCUGAUAUUGAGGAAAUCAUUGGUGUUAGGAUAUUGGAUGUGUUCCAGAAACUCUGUGCAGGACUGGAUUGCCCCUGGAAGUUCUGCGAUGAAAAGGUGUCUGUAGAUGAAAAUGUAAUGUCAACACACAGCACCAGCACGGCCAGACCUGAGUUUCGUGACUCCUCGGCCACCACAGGACAGCUGUGUGGUGCUCUGCAAACG